AUGAACGACUUGCUGCUUGCUACAAAGCCCAACUACUCCAUGCGCCUCGUGGCAACGGAAAAGCAGCUUUCUGUAACGUUUGCAUGGCAGGUGCUUGAAGAGAAGCUCUGCGACGAGGACUUCCGGUCCAACCUCAGGGAGACUACAGGAGCACAGUGCAUGCUUACACCACCAGUCCUGGAGCCGGAGCCCGCAGAUCCCGCGGAAAUCACAGGCACUUCGGACAUGCUCUGCACCUGCGAGGCUGAAGCUCUGGCGCCCUUCUUCGUCUUACAGCACGUGAAUUGGGGCACUGUCACCGACGAGCCUUUCCACGACCUCUAUGCUGCAAAAGCAAGGUUUGCGCAGUUAAACGGUGGAGCGGUUGCAGCCACGCUUGUGGAUGCUCGCUUCACUGAGCUGGACUUCUACGGCUACAACAACAAAGAUUUCAUUCGCUCCGACUUCUUGCAGCACAUCGUCACCAAGUAUGCUCCGAAGGAAGCCAAUGUGGUCCAGAACAUGCGCGGAUACUGUAAAGCAGUUGGUGAGACAGGUGCAACGGCCCUUGAGAAGGCUAGGGCAUGCUGUGGCUUCGGCCAAGACACAUGCCCCGUGAGUUGCACUGAAAAUACGGUGCUUGAGUUCGAUGUGCACCGCAAGAUGCAGCAGAAGUUCCAGAGGGUCAGCGCGCAUUACAAGUAUCUCUUCGACCAGUCGCGAGACAAGUUCAUUGAUUUCCGGCUGAGGAAGGUCUUGUGCGACAACGGCUGUCGCGAUGAGAUGAGCAUCACCCACGGCAAUCCGUUGGCCUUAACAGACUACAAGGCGAAGUUGAGCCUGCAGCGGGAUCUUUACGACAGGUCUAUGGGGAUGAUGGAGAAGCUGGACCUCUUAACCUCGGGCACCAAGGUCUACACUGUGGAGAAUGUUGCAGAGACCUGGAGCGAGGUGAAGGUUUCCGUGUCCCAGCCGAAAGGCUUUGUACGCCUCAUUGGCAUCGUGAAGCGCAACAAGAACACGCCAAUCCUCACAAUCAAUGGGCAGCACUUCCAGGUGCCCACGUGUGCUUCAGGCUCAGGCUUACCAGAGUCGACGCUGGUGUGCCGGGAUGACAACCCACAGUGGGACUCCGACACAUCACCGCUCUUCUGGGACUUCGAGCUCUCAGGCAAGGACGUGACUGUUGCGAAGGACCUUCUGUACAGGUACGGCCCAGGAGAUAUUUAUGAAGCUCGGGGAACAUUCUCUGCCUUGAUGCUGCGAAUCCAGCCCACUCCUCAUGCAUGGCCGGUGCUGAUUCCAGUCCAAAACAAAUUCCCUUUGCCGUCUCGCGGCUGUCAGAAUGUCGCGAACAGGUACGUCAGCUGUACCGGUACAAACGCUGGGGAUGGAAUGUACCUCAAGCUCAGCUCUGGCUUAAUCCUCAAGUGGGAGGUCAGCUUCUACAUGCGCCUGUCCGGCCUGGGUGACGACAGCUAUGCUAAGCUCGAUUUUGCAGACGAAGUUGCCAGUGGUGUUGGUUGGUACUUGGAUGCUCCGAACGGCAUGCUACAAACAUCAUUCGCCCAUGGCUACCCGCAGGCUGGAUGGAAAGAUGUCAUGGCAUCGCCUGUCCAGAACAAUGAGUGGCACCAUUAUCGCCUCAAGAGGAGCCAGGGCAGCAUCUGGUUGGAGAUUGAUGACCGCCUCGUUGCGCACGAGCCCGCUCGAGGCUCGUCCUGGUUUUACAACAUCCACAUCCGGCCUGGGCAUGCAACCGGCUCACUUUGGGGGUUCACGGUGGAUGCAAACCCCGACGCCUCCAUCAAGGUGGUGAACACAUGGCAUGAUGCAACUCAGUCCCAGGGCAAAUACUUUAACUUCAAUGCUGACGACAUCAACUUGGACGUCAAUGAAGGGGAUAUUGAUUCUCUUCAACUCCGGCACUGCCACUAUCCGACGUGGACCGCGACAGAGGAGGGGAGAAGGUACCAUUUCGAAGGUCAGAACAAGUGCGGCGAUCAUGUCAUCAAUGUCAGGAUCUGGCAAACGCCUGGAACGACGCGCGGCGGCAAUGUGCACGGCCGGAGGACAGAUUCAAAAGUUGUCUUCUGGGAUGGCGACCUGUUGCUCUUGGACAAAGAGGCACACUGCCCCGAUUCUUGGGCGACGAACGAGCCAGUGAAGUUGGACAGAGUGCAGGGCUUGAGUUGCCCUGGCGGUUGGAAUUGGUACCCGUAA